AUGGAUGCUUUCAAACUUCCACUUGGGAUCGCACAAGACUUGCUCCUUAUUCAAAGUCUGGUUGGCACAACCGAAACGCCUCCUUUGCGUAUACAGGAAACCACUCUUCCAGAAGAUGACAUCGACAGUUCGGGAAGUGAACCAGACAGUGAGGACGAAAUUGAAGCAGCAUUAGUUGGCAAAACUGACCUGGAUGGUUCUGGCUCCAACGGAACUUCUCAAAUAACUGCGCAAGUUCCCCAAGAAUCCUCAUCCUCCGACGAUCACGACACUUCCUCUAACUCUGACUCGGAUUCAGAUUCAUCGGAUUCAGAAGAGGUGCUCCGAAAAAAUGAGGCUGGCGCUAAAGUUGAAGACGACGAGGAAGCUAUGAUGGACGAAGAGGAUCCUGGGCCGUCUGCCACCACUGCCUCAUAUUAUGCAACCAAGAAUGAAAUCGCGGAUGCAACCAUUACAGUUCCGGACGUUGAAGAGAUAGGAUCAGAUGAAUACCUCGAGCUUGUCGGAAAAAUCAUGAACAUCAUUGGCAAUGUUGUCAUUAUCGAAGGUUUACAAACUGAGCUUGCUCGAGGUGGGUCUGAUCGAGCCCUUGAUGCUGAUACUCUUCUCGUUUUCGAAGACAGGAAAGUUUUGGGCUAUAUAUAUGAAACCUUUGGUCCGACAACACAACCCAUGUACCAGGUCAAAUUCAACUCGACAACAUACCCCCUGGACUCGGAGAAAGUUUGCAUAUCACGUCAAGUCUAUCACGUUCCUCAGCGAAGUAACUUCGUGUUCAUGCGGAAAAUCCAAGCCAUGAAGGGUAGUGACGCGAGUAACAUGAACGACGAAGAGCCCGCUGAUCAUGAAUUGGAUUUCUCCGACGACGAGGCUGAGGCCGAACAUAGGAGGAAUCUCAAGAAAAAACGAGCAUCAAGUCGCGCUUCUUCCACUGCUCCUUCGAGACAAGCUACCCCUGCCCUAUCUCGGGCGCGUGAUGCAGACAUGGUUAACGAGGAUUACUUCAUGAAUAACAACGCAUACGACGAAAUUGGUCCAUACGAUCUGAAUUACGAUACGCCUAUAUCUCGGCCAGCACCCAUACCGUACGACGAUCCUUACGCGGACGAAUUUGAGGUUCCAUCAGCCAGCACAAGUAUUGCAAGUUCUAUCAGUACUCCAUUUACCUUUCACGGCAACGACGCUAGCUCAUUAAGACCUCAACGGCGGUCUACAAAUCGAGAAACCAACGGCAGGGACGAAGGUCAUCGCGGCCGCGGACGGGGGAGAGGUAAUAAUCACAAUCGGGGAAACCCAAGCCGACGAGGGCGAGGAGGUUUUAAUGAUUCCAAUCGCAGCUCAUCUAUCACCCACAACGAAUUCGAAUGGCAGUCUAAGCAUGGUCCAAAUGUCUCAUUCAGUUCAGGAAACGGCGUUAUACCGAGUUCGUUAGAGCCUCAGUCCCAGUUUUACCAGCAAACCCCCGUUUCGCCGAUAGAUCAAUGGCCUUUUCAGACGCAGACCCAAGGAAUGCCCAACUAUGGGAUGCCGUAUAGUCCACAGCAGCAGUUUGUUCAGCCGCAUAUUAACCCUCUAUUUGCCCAUCACUUAGGAAUGAGUGGGAUGGGUGGUGGGAUGGGUAUGAAUGGAGGCUCAUAUGGUAAUAUGCCAUUGGCGAAUACACAGCCGCAGUCACCUCAAGCUUCAGGGUAUUCGGGAGCAUACGCAAGUACUGACGGAUCUUCGUAUUGGAGCUCGAGUGAUCAAUGGCGUGUUCCAACUCAAGCGGAGGGAGCAGAAUCUCCAACUUCAACCCAAAACGCAUGAAUUAUAUAGUACCUGCUGAGUUCAAGUUGUACCUCUUGCGAACGAUAAUGCUUUACUUUCUUAAGCGUGGCAAUAAAACUCGAACAAAUUACG